AAAUAAUAUCAUAAUAACCUGUAAAUAAUGACAACUUUACAUGUUUUCUUUGUUUUAGUCUAAAAAAAAGUCAAACUAUAUGAAAUGUUUACAUUUAGAAACAAUCCUUUCACAAAAAAGUUCAUCAUCUGUACAAAUAUGACCAAUCUAAAAUGUCUAAAUAUGAACCAGUGUCAUUGUUCUAAUAUUCAGUCUGUUAUUAAAUGUUCAUGUAUUUUAGAUCCACUGGGAUCUGUUCAUUACAGUGAACAUGUGUUCCAUUUGCACCAACUGUUCUGAACAGAGUUCAGGCUCUUCAUGUUGACAUUUUUAAAGGUACUUUAUAGACGGAGAUAUUUUCACAUUAAUGUUCCUUUUUUCCACUAAAAGACAGAAAAGUUGUCAUUCUUAUUUUAUUGGUCCAGUCUGUUUCACAUCAUAUGAGGCCAAGUGUGGAACUUGAACCUGGUCCUGAAUGUCCAACCAGCCCACUGUCCCAGAGGACCACAACAGGCCAGUCCAGAAGCCUGGACUGGGACCCGUUGGACUUGACAGUGGCUUCUCAGAUCCUGACCCAGUUGUUGUGUCGUCCUCAGCUUCUCUUCUUCUUUUAUGGGUGUCUCCCUGGUGGAACCAUGAGUGCCGAGCCGGACGCGCUGGCUGUGGUCAACCAGCUCCGGGACCUGGCCUCGGACCCCAUGAACCGCAGGGCCAUAGUCCAGGACCAGGGCUGCCUGCCGGGACUCAUCCUGUUCUUGGACCACCCCAGCCCUCAGGUGGUCUACUCCGCCCUACUGGCGAUCCGCUACCUGGCAGAAUGUCGAGCCAAUCGGGAGAAGCUGAAGACGGAGCUGGGGAUGAUGCUGAGCCUGCAGAACGUCGUACAAAAGUCAACCACUCCUGGAGAGACAAAGCUGUUGGCGUCAGAGAUCUAUGAGCUCCUGCAGGCGUCCGGCGGCGCCGACGAGGCAGAGCCAGCGGAGGAAACCGUCAGCGGCCGACGUAAAGCCCAGUUCUUUCUUGGAUCCAGCAACAAGAGGGCCAAAACUGUCAUCCUGCACAUCGACGGUCUGGAUGACCCGGAUCGUCGCAGUCUGUGUGAGGAGGCUUUGCUGAAGAUCCGAGGAGUCAUCAGCUUCACCUUCCAGAUGGCCGUGAAGAGAUGCAUUGUCCGAAUCCGCUCCGACCUGAAGGCUGAGGCUUUGGCAACGGCGAUCGCGUCCACGCAGGUGAUGAAGGCUCAGCAGGUGGUGAAAGGAGAGAAUGGACACGAGGUGCUGAUCCCGUUUGCGGAGGAUGGCUCGGUUGAGGUGGAGCAGAACCAGGACUUGCCAGACUACCUUCCAGAGGACGAGAGUCCGUCUCAGGAGCCAGACAAGGCAGUCAGCCGGGUUGGAUCUGGACAGGAUGGGGCCAGCUGGUUGGGCGCCGCCGCCAACUUCCUGUCCCGCUCCUUCUACUGGUGACCUCCUCAGGCCACCACGGUCCUCCCCCUCUGUUCAAGCUCUGCCUCCUCACAGCCAAACCCAACCAGCUGCCAAAUCUGACGGCGUGUGUCGCCAUGGGAACAGAGCAGGGGAGGGCUCAUCUGUUACAAACCAAAAUGUCUUAAUGCACAGGAAGUGUCCUGCAUGAACAAACACCGAGUUAGAACAACGAGGACACUUCUCCUCCGACCUCCAUCGGAGCUCGGUCAGCGGUGCCUUCAGUUGUGUUGGCUGAUUCUGGAUCAGCCUGUGCUGGUGUCAGGAAUGAUGACAACUGGCGGUUUACAGAUUUGUGUCACAUGACCAGUCAACGCGCAGCAGUUCAAACCGGGUCAAAACCUCCAGACCACCAUGUGGACCUGCAGAGAUGGUCUCGGUUUGGAUCUCCACCCCGGGUUGGGGGGGGGGGGGGGGGGUUGUUCAGAGUUUCCAUCUGUAAACUCCAGGCCAAACCACAGGUUGAACUGAACUGUGAACCAUGGGUUGGACCAAACAGACCUGGACCAACCGGUUCUGGAGAGGUCAUGGAUGAUGGUUUUCACCACAUCCUCAAACACUGCAUCUCAGCCCUUUGUCAUCACUUCUGACAUUUUACUCCUGAAAUGACUGUGAGAUAAACAGAAACAUGGCGGAGUUGGAGGUCGUCACCCUUCACCGUGGGUCACACAGUGUUUUUUUUGGUGGAUCAUGUUUCCAUGGGAACAGGUUUUAUUUUGCAGUUUGAUCUGCAGUAAAUGUGUCAAAAGCAGAAGUCUGCGUGGACUGGAUGAGGGGAAUCACAGCCAGGACAGAUGGCGUUUGUGUCCUCUGACUCCGCCUCCUGCUGCCUGCUGAUUGGCUGACUGACUGACUGAUGGUUUAACAAUUUGGAGUCAGAUUUAUGACAAACAAAACCUCUUUGACUAGAAUCUGGGAGAAUAAAAGUCAUACAGAGAUGAGCUGAUAUUUAAAUGAAGAGGAUUUUACUGUGAAGGUGAAGAGCAUGAUCAGGUUUAGGUGGAAUAUACGCCCACAUAUUCAGAACCCUGAAACCACCUGAAACCUCCUGAACUAGGUCUGGGGGGGUUUGGGCAGUGGGCAUCAGACCCUUUAUUUCCAGUUUAAAGGCUGGUUCCUGCUCUUGGGGGGUCCGGUCCUUCAGUUCUGACCUGGGGACAUGUUGUCUUUGGGGACACUGGUCUGAGUCCAGUCUGGGGGGGGUUGUUGUGUGUCACUGUUGUGUUCUGACGUCAUACAGACUUCUACUGUCCUGAUGUGAUGCUGUUGUGUGUUUGUGUGUUUGUGUACCUGCCAGGUGUGCCCAUAGCUCCGCCUAGUGCACGCUGUCCAAUCACAUUCAGCAUGAACCUUUAAUCAGAACCUGGUGUCGAUCCGAAUGUGGUUCUGUUACUGAAGCUGAAUUUAGGCCCAGACAUCGACCUUCAUCUGAUCUGGUUUUCACUGAAGUCCAUCUAAAACAGGGGAGUCAAACAUGCGGCCCACCACAAGGUCCGGUCCGGCCUGCAGGAUGAAUCUGCAAAGUGCAAAACUGACACUCAGCUAAGUGGGUUGGACCGACCUGUAAGACCCUAAAACUGUUCACUCGUACAAAUGUCCUUUGACAAAAAUAUGAAGAACCAGAACAAAGGUUUCAGUCGAAGCCUUGAACAGUUGGAACCAAACCAUCAGAACUAAACCCUGGUUAUGUUCACUGUCGUUUCCACGGCAACACCACAGAGGAAACCCACCCACAAUCACAUAUCAGUGGGAUUUCUAUUAUUAUUUUAUUAUUGUUAUAUUAUUUUUUAUUAUUAUUUUUAAAAUACGUAUAUUUUUUCAUUUUAAAAAAGUUUUCAUUUUAUUGGUUUUAUGUUUAGUUUUUUUCUUUUCUAUUUUUCUUUUUAUUCUUUUUUAAUUCUUUUUUCCUCAGUGUUCUUUCUAUUAUCUGUUUGAUUCCUCUGACAGUCAUAAAUGAACACGGUCCACAUUGGAACCAGUUCUAAAAGGCUGUUUGGUUUGAUUUCUUGUUGUUUUAUAUAAGGUGCUGAAACUCUUACCAUUUUACUUGGAUCAAACUUCAUUUUCAGAACCAUGUGAACAUGAGUUACCACUGGGAUCAUGACUUUUGCAGAAAACGUCUUUUUUUUCUUCUAACUUCAGCAUUGAACGCGUUUCCUACCAAAGUUUUACACAACAGGAUGAAACCUGUUAAAUAUUGAAACAACGUUGGUUCUUUAAGGUCAAAAUGUGACAGACACUGCACAUGAACAAAACGACAAAAUAAACCACAGACAAAAGCCACCGAACUUCCAGCCUUCAAAACGGGUUCUGCUGUGAUGCAUUCACUUUCCUUGGUCCGGGUCGGUCUUUUUAUUGCGUACAUUCCUUCACACUGACUGAAUUCCAGGCGUGGUCUUUUCCAGCGGACAUUGGGCUUGUGUUCGGAUCAGUACCUGGAUCAUCCUGAUCCCAAACGUUGACUGUUUUGAUAGUUUGACGGUUCUGUGUUCAGUCUGGUGUAGCUGCUGGUUUGUUUCUACUCAGGUUGGUUUUCCUUCUGAACAUUGUUUGUACUGGUUUGUAUCUGACUGACACCUUCAUCCUCCUCAUCACCAUGGAAAUAGUCUGUGAUGUCAUGACUCUUCAAGGUUCUUCUCACAAUAAAACCUCUGAUGUUUCCUG